AAGGAGGAGGCGGGCCAGGAGUGGACUGGAGAAGUCAGGGCUGUAGCAGAACGGUGAGCAUGAAACUCAUCAUUCUAGAGGACCAUGCUCAAGCCAGCGAAUGGGCAGCAAAGUACAUUAGGAAUCGGAUCAUCCAGUUUAGUCCUGGUCCAAGCAAAUAUUUCACCCUUGGACUUCCCUCCGGAAGUACUCCGUUAGGAUGCUAUGGGAAACUAAUAGAAUAUUACAAGAACGGAGAUCUUUCUUUCCAAUAUGUGAAAACCUUCAACAUGACUGAGUAUGUGGGUCUUGCGAAGGAUCACCCCGAAAGCUACCACUCCUUCAUGUGGAACAACUUCUUCAAGCACAUCGACAUCUCCUCUGAAAACACCCACUUUCUGGAUGGAAAGGCAGCAAACCUGGAAGAGGAAUGUGAGGCUUUUGAAGAGAAAAUCAAAGAAGCUGGAGGAAUCGAACUCUUUGUUGGAGGUGUUGGCCCAGAUGGUCACAUUGCUUUCAAUGAGCCCGGCUCAAGCCUGGUGUCCAGAACCCGAGUGAAGACCUUAGCUAUGGACACCAUAUUGGCUAAUGCCAGGUUCUUUGGUGGAGACCUCUCCCGAGUGCCCACCAUGGCACUCACCGUUGGAGUGGGCACCGUCAUGGACGCCAGAGAGGUGAUGAUCCUGAUCACAGGAGCCCACAAGGCGUUUGCUUUGUACAAGGCGAUUGAGGAAGGCGUAAGCCACAUGUGGACUGUGUCCGCCUUCCAGCAACAUCCCCGCACUGUCUUUGUGUGCGAUGAAGACGCCACGCUGGAGCUUAAAGUGAAAACCGUGAAGCACUUUCAAGGUCUGAUGCUGGUUCACAACAAGCUUGUGGAUCCACUAUACAGCAUAAAAGAAAUGGGAGCCGGGAGAGGGCAGUCCAAGAAGCCGUAUAAGGACUAGCCUCUUACGAUUCAGAGCAACUGGUCCUUACGCUUACGGGGAGCUGGCUGAGAGCCUCCUGCCUCUGUAUCUCAGGAACGCUCUGCAGCAAAACACGUUAUUGGAAAAUGUCCUUUUCUCAAUGGUGAGGCAGUAGCAACGGAUGCAGCUGCACCAUGGAACUAAUUGUCAGUUUGCCCCUUUUUAAAGACCAAAUGAGGAAACCGAGGCUGUCUCUUCUCCUUAACAGAGCACUGCAUAACUUAAGGGUUACGGAGAAGGAAAUCUGAACAUGUUAUCUGUCUGCAUAACUAAAAGAUGAUCUGUAACC